UGCGCAGGGUGCCGUGCCUUGCCUCCGAGCAAAGAGGAGAAAUCCCACUGUGCUACUGACAGGAAUUUUACGCGCAGCUGAACAAGGAUGCCAGAGGAGCUCGCAAACUGCAGUGUGUGUUGCUGUACCACGACCAAUAAGAUACUCCUGGUGGUCUUCAUGGUAUCACUGAUAUUUGCUAUACUCUUCGGAAACCUCUUGACAUUAACAGUGGUCGUUGGAACGAAACACUUCCACACUCCACAGGGUUAUUUAAAAGCCUCACUGGCCGUGGCAGACCUGGCUGUGGGCAUUUUUGUGGUGCCCGUCUCCGUUUACGCAGAAUUAUCUCUCAUGAUCUACAAUUCAAUGCCAGAGUGGACUGCGCGCAAUUCCCAAACCACACUUUUCCACCCGUGCAAUUUCAUCGGACCUGUAUUUGCGGGAUGCACUUUAGUUUCCAUUACAACAAUUUUCCUCCUGACUAUUGAAAGGAGCAUUGCCGUUUUGAGGCCACUGCAUAAGGAAUCAGUCAUAACUAAAAAAAGAACAAGCAUACUAAUAGUCUUUUCCUGGAUGGGCAGUUUUUUCCUGGCAAUAUCUCCACUGGUUUUCAGCGAUGAAAUCGCGCUGGAGUACAAUCCUUGCAGCCGCAUGUGCAAUUACGCGCUUGGAAGCACAGACUUCCCAUCGCAAGCUUGGAACAUUCUCUUACUCUUCCCUGCCUUUGACUUUACACUGCUCGGAGGUACUGUUGUCAUCAAUAUCAUAUCCCUCACCACAAUCCGCCAGCAUUCAAAAAGAAGGAAACAUCUCGCACAGACCGAGAGUCAAAGCUCAACGAAACCAACCUUCUCCGACAUCAAGGCUGCCAAGACAAUAGGAACUCUGACGCUGGCUUUCACCGCUUCUUUCACUCCCAUCGCCGUGUUUGUAGUUGGGAAUGUGUUGGGAAACGAAUGGUGCAAUUUUGCGUUUUUUGCCUUUUGGAUUCUGACUUCGAACAGCUGCUGUAAUGUUAUUAUAUAUGGUGUGAGAGACCAGAAGUUUAGAAGUCGCGCGUAUCAGCUGCUCACAUCCGCUCAGUUGAACACUGCGCGUAAAAAGCCUGAGUAUGAAAACACUGUAAAUGGGGGGAAAGACAAUGAGGAAAUAGACAAGCAAACCUAAUGAAUGAUAUUACUGAGCAGCAGCCCGAUUUAGAUGGUGCUUUUUUAUUACAUAAGCUGUAGUAUCUGGUUUCUAGCUGGACAUUAGGUGGACCAAGCCGGUUAAAAUGGCUUAUAGCUGGUUUGUUGCUGGUUCAAGGUCUACCAGGAACACAACUGUUAUCUUAACCUGCCAGCUUUCUAGUCCCCCUAAAAAAACUGGAGGUCAAGAUACGUUGAGGAUAUGGAUCAUUCCUUGUAAUCAAACCUACAAUGUUUUUAUUAUCAGCUUAGAUAUCCAACCAUUAGGCCACAGGGUGCCUAUUGAUGCCAGUGUUAUUUAAUGCC